AGUACAACACAGCCGCUACGCGAGCGGAUAGACGACAGAAAAAGAAAGGUGCUGUGUGUGUGUGUGAGUGAAGUGUUUGUUGGCACUCGGUGACGUAACUCUCACCGCUCCUGCGCUCACACUUUGGCGCAGUAUAGUAGCAGCGAACUUAUUAUUAUUAUUACUGUUAUUUUUAUUCACUACGCCCUUAAAAGGAGCUCUACCGCCAUAUAUUUUAUACUGCUCGGUAAACUCGGCACACAUCAAUAUUGUACCUUUCCUCUUCUCUCCCACAUAUUUCAUUCUUUUUUGUUUGUUUGUUUUUUGAGGCUUUCUUGGGUUGAGAGAUUUGUGGCGCUGCUCCAAAGCGAUCAUCAUCCUCUUGCUGGGGUUGGUGCUCUUUAUCUUUUUUUUUGUCUGUUUGCGUUUCUGAGUUCGCUCGUUCGCCAUGGCUACGUUGAAGGUGACCGUUCACGAGGCUCGCGACCUCCCGGUGAUGGACCGGGCCACCGGUCUGGCCGAUCCGUACGUCGUCGUGAAGCUGGAUGACAUGGAACACACGACCGACAUCGCCCGCCGCACCCGUAACCCGGUCUGGGAGCACGACGUCCGCUUCGACACGGCCGACCUGCUCGUCCUGCAGGAGGACCCUCUCGAGGUCCGGGUGUACGACCACGACAUCAUCAGCCGCGAUGACAUCGUAGGGAUUGUGCUGCUGGACUGCAACAGCAUCAUCUACCGCGACAACCCGACGGUGUCGGGCUGGUUUCCGCUGAUCGACCCCGAUGCCGGGCUGCACGGGGAUAUUCGCCUGACCAUUCGCAUUAAGUUUCACGCCGCGGAGAACCCGCUCGCGCCGGCGCUGCCGGAGCGCUACGUCCGCCGCCUCGACCCCCGCGUGGCGGAGCAGCCACCGUACCCUUUCACCGUCACGCCGCCUGCCACCGUAAACGCCAAGAUGGAGAAUAGUUAUAAUAAUAAUAAUACGAGUACUAUUCAUGAGAACGAUGACGAUGUGAGCAUUAGUCUGUCGACAGUGCCCUCUACGGUUUCGAACGGUGUCAUGGGAGAGCUAACCUCAGCUAGUCAGACACAGCAGCAGCAGCAAGCAACGUCCAGCACGGUAGACCAAGGCACCUCGUUGUCAACCUUGGCGCAGCGCGCCGCGUAUUUGCACAACAACCGAUCCGCAUCUGCCGCGACGACCUCGAGCGGGCGUAUCUCCAAAAAGCGCGCGGUGUCAACGUCACGACAUGCCGCGAUGCCGCCCUUCAUCAACCCCGACACGUCCUUCGCCAGCGCCCCCAACGGCAGCAUGAACCUCAACAUGGGGAGUAGUAUGGGGCCAGGGCCCGGCGGCAGCGGCGGCAACAACUACGCCAACACAGCAAUGCACAACCCCGAUAACGUCAGUGCCGCGCCGCUGCCCUCCCCCUCGCUCCUUCCUUUCCUCGUCGAGCAGGACCUCGACCCGUUGCACACCGCACGCGUCGAUCACCCCACCCUCGCCGCCGAGGAGGAAGGCGUCUUUGUGUUUAGCGUGUGGCGACUGGACCCGGCGGUGUUUCGCGUGGAGAGCACGCACAGCAUGAUGGAGGAGCUCAUCGUGAAGUCGGACCCAGAGCAUGUGCGCUUCACAAACCUGCGCAGCAGCCGCAGCAUCAACGAUGCUCGCGUUGUGCAGCUCUUCAAGCUAAGCGGCAAGGUGCGCCGUCAGCUUGCCCGCAAGGUAGUGGAACUGCAGUGCAACGCCGUGUUGGGGUACGUGGAGGAGUUCGAUAUGGAACCGAACGGCAUCAUCGUUCGCGCCUACGGCACGCCGUGUGUGGUGUCGAAGGUGAAGUACGUAGACGAGCGCGAGAUGCAGCACUUCCUGCGCAGUAAAGCGCGCUACCUGCAGUCCAACAUCGCGGCUGCAUAUCAGAGCGAAUUGCUGGCCCAACAGAUGCAGCUCAGCUCCAGCGCCCUCUCGCGCGGUGCCUCGCCGCUUCUGACGGGCGGUGGGACGAGCACGACGAAGACGAGUGCAAGUCGUGGCGUGGGAGGCAAUCCCACGUACUUUCCGCCGCCGUCCACAAUAACUCCUCGCGCGUCCCUUGGCGGGUCGUCUCCGCCUAUGUUGGCGGUAACCGUCGCAGCAGCAGCAGCAGCGGCACAGGACCGGCGUAAGCUGUCGAGCACCGCGUCGCGGUCGCCACAUCUUAUGUCACCGCCCAUGCACGGCAGCGCAACCACCCCAAACACGAACACCACGGUCAGUCAUUCCAUGACGAGCACCACCUCACGCGACCACCUGCUGCCGCCGCCAAUGCUGUCGCUGACGAAAGACGCGACGACGGCCGAGCAGAUGCCACCGGAGACAACUUCCACCGCCGCUCAUUCUACGGCGACGACCCCCGUCCACCAACCAAUUGAUCCGGCGGGGUCUGCACGGGGCAGUGAGGGCAUCGCUGCGGCCUCGCACUCCGCCUUCGUCUCGCUGGUCCCGGACGACGGCAGCAGCAGCGGACACGACGGCGCCGUCCCGCCGCACCACCACCACGAACCCAGUAUGCCCGCACCCCCCGCUACCUCGCUGGCCUCGUCAACGUCGUUUGCACGCAGCAACGGCGCGGCGUCGUUUGAGCACGGCGGCGUCACCGCCUCUGCAGACGCAGCGGCAUCUUAUUUGCUAGUCGCGGCGGUGGUCAGCGCGAGCUCGACGGACUCGCCGACCUAUGGAGGGAACACAUCGGAUAUGGCUGCGGUAGUGACGUCGAUGGCGGCCUCACAGCAGCAGCUAAGCAACGCCCGAGCAGCACCUCCUGAGAACAGCAUCACCACAGCAACAGCGGUGGGUGCCGGGGGUGGGGGUGGGGGUGCUCCGACAGUGGCGCCGUCCGCUGCGCAGACAGACCCGACCACCACCGCCACCGCCACCGCCGCGGCGGCUGUUGCAGCCGGCAACGCACCCGCCACUCCUGCCCGAGUCAUCAUCUCCAUGCUGACGGUGAAAGACCUGCCGGCGGGGUCCAUUCACCACAUCGGCGGGUACAUCUGCGCCCGCUCCGUCAAGAUCGUCUCGCGCGUCAAGUCGCGGCAGAUGAUCUCGCAGGAGCGCGACGCGUGGUGGAUGGAGCUGCGCGAAGAGCUGCGGGCCAACGCGCGCGCCUUCCACUGCAACACGGUACUCGGCUACGAGGAAGAGACGCAAUAUCACGAGGACGUCGUGCUGCUCUCCUUGUACGGCACGGCGGUAAUGGUAGACGUCUCCGUCACCGCGCUGCGCGCCGGACCGGAGUACCUCUUUCGUCGGCAGAAGCAGCGCAUCGCGUCGAAGCGGAACUGCGCGUUGCUGCACCUAUACGACGGACCGCGUCGCAAAGGCGGUCAACAAGGCCUUGGUCUCUUGGUCGGCGAGGUCGGGGACCUGCUGCUGCACCACGAAUGCAGUAUCUGUCACGGCAAGCCCGUGCCGGAGGUGCUGCUCGCCGCCUGCACGCUGCCCGUCGAACUCAGCUGCGAGGCUCCACCACGGCUGGUGCAGGUGGCCGUCUCAAAGAUGAAGCCAAACGUGAAAGGAGUAGAUCUGGCGAUGGCGGUGUCGCAGGCACUGCCGUUCAUCGAGUUUGCGCUACAUAAGCAGCUCCUCUUUCACCUCCGCCUCCAGCAAAUGAACGCGUGCUUCGCGCUGCGGGUGUCGGUCGUGGUGGGCCCCGACGCGAUCAUCGGCACCCUGACCGGCUCCGGCUGCCGCCUCGCGGGGCUUCCCAUGCCGCGGCUGCCCCGCGUGUCAGUCGUGGAUCCGCUGAUUGUGAACAAGGAAAGCGUGAUGAAACUACGGGAUGUGAUAGCCUCGCGCCGUCGACGGCGCUACCACAGCAAUCGAAACAACACUAGCAGCAGUAGCAGUAGCAGUAGCAGUGGUAGCUCGUCGUCCUCAUCGUCCUCCUCUUCGUCUUCGAAUUUCAGCGAUGGCGCCUCUUCUCGGUCCUCCGCGGCCGCAGGUGGAAAGCCCCUCGCAGCAUCGCACUCCACGUUCACAAAAGGUUCAGAAAAUGUGGGCGGUGCUGCACGGAUGAGCUCAACGGACGACGUACGGGCGGCGGGCGCACCGCCGCAGCAGCCGCAGCAGACGAAUAGCACCACGCCGAACUCCAUUACAUCGCCCAACUCGAUGUCCACCUCGAAGCAACGUAACCAACGCCGUCAGCUGCAGCACCAGCAUCGACACGAGAAAACAAAACGGCCUCGACGUCAUCACCGCAGCAGCCAUCGCCACGUACAUCACCACAAACGCGGCAGCGCCUCUUCACGCUCCGCCUCUGCGGACGGGAAGUCGAAAACGCCUUCGCUCGCUUCUUCGUCCACCGAGGCGUCGCUUCGAAGUGCGGCGCAGGGACGGCGGGGUAAGAAGCACCACCACAAGCGCCACCGCCACCGCCGCCCAGGCAGCAACCGCAACAGCAGCGUCGGCGCUGCGGGUGGGGGCAACGAGCGCGGGUCGUCGCGCGGCCUCGCGGACUCAGUGUUAAAUUCUGCCUCUCCCGUAUCAACGUCGAGCAGCAGCAGCAGCACGUCGGAUUCGUCUGCUUCCUCUUCCUCGUCUUCACGCUCCUCGCGGGCAAGAUCGUCCGAUCCAGCGCGCAACUCUCGCAGCACCUCCUCUUCCUCGUCAUCGUCUUCGUCUUCGUCCGCCGGCUCCUCGCACUCGUGGGUGCCGACGGAGUCGAGCGAGUCGGAGGAUGUGUACGCCCCGGCUGAUCGGUGGCGUGCCUCCAGCAGUGGGGUGCGCACCAAGACGGACGACUACGUGGUGAAGAUUGACGAUGUGGAGGAGGCAGACAUGAUGUUGGGCAUGGUCGACUCGACGAACUUCGAGGAUGGGGUGCUGCUGACACUUCCCUAUGUGCCGGAUAGCGCGAACGCGUUCGACUGGCAAGAGCGGAUCGUCCUCGACCGGCGCUACUCGCGCGCCGCGGUAGCACCUUUUAUGGGUAGCAGCAUCAGUGGUGGUGGGGGUGGGAUUGGGCUGGCCAACGGCAGUAUGAAUGGUGCUGCUGGCGGCUUCUACGGUGGAGCUCUGAAAGGCAGCGGCAGCAGCAGCACCUUUGCAAAUGCACUGAUGCGCGGUGACGAAGGCGGUGCAGCAGCAGCAGCAGCUGGUAGUGGUGGCGGUGUCGAUAGCAAUGCAGCCCUGAGCAGUAACACCACUGCAGCAGCAGCAGGUCGUACCGCCCUCACGACGCGUCUGUUAAACGAAUACUGCGCCGAUGCGAAGCGCGCCUUCGUGCAUCGUGCGUGUCGGGUGGCGAUGCGCACCGAUCACCCGCUGCGCCUGCGCGUCGUGAACCUUCGCGUCGAGAUGACAUUUGUGCCGAACAGCGCGGACCUGCAGCUGCGCCUGGAGGGGUGCGUGAUGGUGGCGAGCAGCGCCGGUGCCCGACGGCUGCGCGCUCUGGAGGACCGCGCGUUUCGGGUGUGCAUGCACCACACACUCGAGUCCCUCUCCGGUCUUUGGAAGUACCACCAGCAGCAGCUGCAGAGUCAGGCGAGUCACAGCAACGCGGGCGGUUCGCUGACACCGGCAACACGGCUCGCAGGCACGCCGCUGAUGAUGCCGGCCAACGCGCACAACUCCGGCGCAGCCACGCCGUGGCUGCCGUGGGGUCCGAACACGCCUGUGCUCUCUCCGAUAAUGGUCGGGGAUGUGAACACCAGUACUUCUCUCUCCUCUCCCGGACAGCAGCAGCAGCAACCGUCCUCCGGACCCGCACUCUCCGUCCCGCACAGCAGCAGCCUUCACACCGUCACCAUGGCAGCAGCAACAGGGAGUAAGCUGUCCGUGAACUCGCUGCUGCCGCGGAUCGAAUCCGGUCCUGCCUACCUCGACGCACGCCGGCUCUUCGUCACGUGCAACGCGCCUUUCUCGAUGCCCUACGUGCAGGACAUCACUCUGCCGCCGCCGCGGGUGUGGAGCGGCAUGGCGACAGCCUUCUCGGAGGACACGGCGACAUCGCCGCGGCACACAUCGACCUACGCGGAGUACCGCGACAACCGCGGCUCCCGCACCGCAACGCUGUCGCGCCACUGGCACGCCUUUGUGCGUGCAGCAGGGCAGUCCAUCAAAGGACUCGUGGAUCGCGCCACGGGAGGCACGGGGGACCGCAUUGACCGCCGGCUGCAGCAGCAGCGGAGGUGGCUGUCAUCGUCGUCGAUCGCCGCCGAGGGCAGCUCGGGGGCCGUGGCGGACGGUGCAGGGUCUGUGACCAACGGAUCGGCGGACCUGUCAACCACGGCGGGGUUGCGGGAUGCGAACUACAGCCACCCCGCCGCCCGUCUACCGCAGGACAUGACCCAGCUGCUGCAGCUCAUUCCCGAGGUGCUCCUCACCCCGCUCGACUACGUCGCCGGCCGCUCCAUCGUGCGCUACCUCGGCCGUCUCUCCCAGCACUUCAUCCGCGAGGACUACGACGCCGACACCGGCGAUGACUUAAACGUAUUCUUCCAGCGCGCUGAGAUGGAAAUCAUGUGCAUGGUGCAGGCGAUGGUGCGGCUCAUGGGCGGCAACGCAAUGUUGAAGCACCGCGUGGUGUACCACGAAAUCUGCGACUCCGACGGCUCCGGCAGCGCCUUUCUCUUCGCCACGGUGACGGGGGACGUGGUGCAGGUCAGCGCGAGAGAGUACUGGGGGCCGCACCCACUCGACAGCCACGCGAAGAAGAAACAACGCACCAACAGCAAAAUGGAGAAGAAGGGCGACGGCGAAGAUGGCGUCGAUUCAGAUAAGGAGGGCAGCACAACACGCAACGACGACAACGCCGCGGCAGCCGCAGAGGGGAGCGACAAGGACCGCAGCCCAACAACCGCAGCGGCGGCAGCAGUAUCCGGGAAGCGCCACAAAUCUCGCCGCGGUACGUCGCGUCGUCGCGGCAGCCGACGCCACCGCGCCCACGCGCAUCGCCGCCGUCACCGUCACCGCCGUUCGUCCUCGUCGUCCUCCUCUUCCUCCUCCGCGGCUUCUAGAAUGAGUCGCGACACCGUUAGCAGCAGCACGACGGCCAACAGCCGUACGCCGAUGCCGCCGUCCCCCAGUGCGCGUGAACGGCAGUCUCGGAUGAUGGCGAGUGCGGAAACCGCGCGGAAGAAGGACGCAGAGGAACAACUGGACACGGCGCAGCCAGCGAAGUAA